GCAAGUGUCAAACUGUCAUUCAGCUUUGUGAAACGGCAAGCGAAAUGUCCGAUUCCGCCGGCGAUAAUUCAAAACCUCGAGUAGUAGUAUUAGGAGGGUGCGGCUUCAUUGGUCGGAACCUGGUCGACUAUUUGAUAACAAAUGAUUUGGUGAGUUGGUUACGUGUGGUGGACAAGACUCCACCGCAACUGGCUUUUUUAAACUCAGCGCACACUAAGGCUUUUGAAGACCCCCGCGUUGAAUAUAAAAGUGCAAAUCUUAUUAAUCCAACAUCAUGUGCAAAAGCGUUAGAGCCAAAUGGAUCCCAAUGGGACCUAGUAGCCAACUGUGCGGGCGAAACGCGCGUGGGGCAGAUGGAGGCAGUUUACACGGAGGGCAUCUUCACACUCAGCGUGAACGUCGCCAAACAGUGCGCCAACUUGAAAGUACCAAGAUUGGUUGAAAUAUCCAGCGGGCACAUGUAUAGCAGUGAUAAGCCACAAAAUGAGGAUUGUCCGGUGGAACCGUGGACGGUGGAGGGUCGUAUGAAGAGUCGCGUUGAGCAGGAACUCAAGAACAUGCAAUCAGAAUUGAACUAUACCAUACUUAGACCGGCCAUUGUCUAUGGAGUGGGAGACAGGAGGAGUUUGACCCCGCGCCUACUCUAUGGCGGUAUAUACAAGCAUCUGGGCGAAACGAUGAAGCUACUCUGGACGGCCGACUUAAAGAUGAACACGGUCCACGUCAGCGACGUCUGCCGCGCGAUCUGGAUCCUCGGCAAUGAGCCCGAAGCGAACGGGAAGACGUACAACGUCGUCGACGACGCGAACAGCACCCAGGGGAGCCUCGCAGAGCUCGUGUCGGAGAUAUUCAAGAUCAAUCACGACUACUACGGAACGGCUAUAUCCACUCUGGCGAAGAACGACAUCGCGUCGGUGGCGGAGGAGGCGAACGACAAGCACCUGACGGCGUGGGCGGACAUCUGCCGCAAGUACGGGCUGGCGCACUCGCCGCUGGAGCCCAGCGCGGGCGCCGAGCUGCUGCUCAACAAGCAGCUGUGCCUCGACGCCGCCGCGCUGCGCCGCCGCCUCGCGCCCGCCGUGCCCGCGCCCUCCCGCGCCGCGCUGCUCGAGGUACUUCAAGACUACGCUUCCAUGAAUCUCUUCCCCCAAGAGCUCCUGCUGUGACCGCCCCGAUACUAAAGACUUCGAUUUGAAGCUAUUUUUAUGAAAUUUUAUAAUACGCUCCAUAUUAUAUGCGAUUUUUGAACCUUUACGCGACCGCUGCAGCGGAGCUGAGCUUAUCGUAACUGAAGACAUUAACUUGAAACGAAAUUAUUUUAAUCAUUUACAUAGUAGAUUAUAUCGACAACCUUCGCUGCCUUAUCGAAAUUAUUUAAAACUUUUAACGACUUUUAACAUUGAUAAAAUUUUAAAUUCACUACGAAGUUGUCGUUUAUAACAUUAUAAAAUAUUUGAUAAAAAGGACGAACAGUCCAAACUAUUCAGGGUUUGAAUUUAUAUUAAUAAGGUUUCCAUACUGUGAUAAAAAAAAAAUUUAACGGGCAGAGAAAUUGCCCAACAUUUGGUCAAACUAUUUUGUACAUAACUCGGAAUAUAAAAACAGUACUAAUGAUAGACGUAAAAAAUUAAGACUGGCAAUACCAAAAACCACGUCAAUAUGUUUUU